AUGUUCGCUAUGGUCUACUCCUUGAUUGAAGUAUUAACGUUUCCAGUGAUGUUCUGCAAGGGAAGAUCUCUUUGUAUCGCCUCUGAUGGUCCUUUCUCCUCGUAUAGACCUAUUGGGGUUCCACUUGUUUCUCUCUACUGUGGCUCGUUUGGAAUGUGCAUUUCAUUACUUGCAUUACAUUUUUUUUAUAGAUACAUUGCCGUUUGCAAGCCCGACAAGUUGUACUAUUUUGAAGGAAAACGAAUCAUCUACACGUUGAUUCCAUGUUAUACCAUAUUAGUCAUUUGGACAUCGAAUGUAUAUUUUUUAAUGUCAAUAGAUGCAGAGAAAGAAGCAAUUUAUCAGUAUACUUUACUUCCACUUUUUACAAUGUAUCUACCAGCGGGAUGUUUCAUUAUCCUUCCUAUUUUUGGAAUUGAGCUUGGCGCCGAAGCAAAUAAAACUGGAGCCUUCAUCGGAGUCUACCCUGCAUUGGACCCAUUAAUAGCAAUUCUGUUAAUUAAAGAGUUCCGAAGUUUCAUUUUCUGUCAGAAGAAAUCUUUGGCAAAGGUUUCAACAACAACUGGACGUGUUGACAAACCUGCAUCGACUUUUCAAGCAACUUGA